AUGGCACACCGGCUCCAUUUAGUCGUUACAAAUGGUCUUUGUCUAUGGUUGAAAAAUCGCAGUGGUGGUAAUGAUGAAGAUUUUUAUGAUGAUAGUAUGACAUUAAUUUCAACGGAAGAUGAUAAUGAUAUGCAAAAAAAUAGUUCAGCAACAACAAUGAACAGUUCAAGUCAGCAACAAGAUGAUAACGAUGGUGAGAUUAUAAUGGAUAUAGGUGAGGGAGACAGUUCGUUAGAGGAGGAGGAUGACAAUGAUGAUGAAAUAGAAGAUGCCGAUGAUGGAAUGAACGAUCAUUGGGAUGAAGGUGUGAUAUGUGAAGAAAAUGGUGAUAUAGCAACUUCUCUAAGAUUGACGACUGGAACAACAGCAACGGAAAUAACAGUAGAAGAACAAGAAUACAUUGGUGCCACGGUUGAAAAAAUGAGAACAAUUACUAAAAUGAUUACUAAAUCUUCAAUUAUAUCCGAAUAUGUUAACAAAGUUAAAUUACGUUACAAUAUCAAAAGAACAGUCAAUCUUGACACAAAAACCAGAUGGAAUUCUACACAACGAUCAAUUGAAACAUUUUUAAUGAAUAAAGAAGCCAUUGUAGCUCUGCAUCAUGAAAAAUCAAAUUUAAAACUUUCAAAAUCUCAACGGAACAAAUUAAUUGGUAAUGAAUUAGAUAGUGAAGGCUGGCUAAUGUUAGAUACCAUCGAAACAGUUUUACGUCCAUUUAAAUUCGCUACAGAAUUUAUUUCUGGUCAACAUUAUUCUACGAUCGGUACAGCUUAUAAUGCAAUCAUUCAGAUUAAAGAAUAUCUUGAAGAUACAAGUGGUUCAUCGACAAACUUGGAUAAAUUAAAAGCACUAUUGCUUCAAAGAUUAAAACAAUAUUUUUUUGAAGAUGAACUCCAAUUACAGCUUCUUCAAGUAAGGCUUGUCCGAUUUUUUUGGAACGUGCACGAAUUUUUGGACAGAAAAUCGAAGAGUGGUAACGGUAAAAAGCUAAGUAUCGUACAAUGAAGAAUAUUAUUGGUGUCGAGCACUUCGAAUUUGAGAGUAAAGGGGAAAAGUUGAAGCCAUUCAUAUGCGUCUAACGCAUUCAAUGUGCUUCUAUCAAACAAGUAUUUAUCUUAAACAGUUUUUAUAUAAAACAUUUUUUAUUUGCGGAAAAGAAGGAGUAGCUCAACGGUAGAGUGCCACCUUUACGGGUGAAAGACGCAGGUUCAACUCCUGCCACCUUCCUCCGCUGGUGAAAAAAUGUUUUUUGAAGGGAAAUUUAUCCACAAUAACUUUAUACAUGUUUGAAACAAAAUAGCUUUCUGAAAGUGUUAGACUUUCAAUGAGAUUCACUUCUAUUUGCGAAUGAUUGAUUAUACUAUGGUCUUUCUUAGCAGGCACCGCCCUCCUCUCUCUCUUUUUCUUCCGAGUUCGGUAACACUUAGUGCGGCCUUAAAAAUUAUCUGUUCAAAUUCUAGACCUCAGAAAAACUUAACAUCGAAUUAAAUUCAAAAAUUUUCACCAAGAGUAAAAUAAGUUAUAUGUCAUUCGACGCAGUUUUUUGUGCUAAUUUCAGCUAUAUCGUUACAUUUGAGGAAACGUGUUUCAGAACAGAAAACAACGGCAAAAUCUCUGAAAACUCAGGGUUUUGGGAAAAUCUGUAUUUCAGCUCAAGAGCAUUUAGGCACUUUAUGCCAACUCUCUGGGUGUUCCGCACGUAGAAAAGAUUUUGUAAAAGUUUCAGUGGAUUUGGAGCGGUGUUGAAGGGUGGACACUCACUUUAUUGAACAGGCCAUUUCAGCAAAUACUUAGCAUAGAAAGAAAAACUUAUUUUCUCGGCUUCAGAGCGUAAUCAGCGCCAAAAACUGCAUCUAGUGAUAUGCUCCUUUCAGUUCUACUCUAAAAUAAUUUUUUCAAAAACUUGAUCGGCGAAGUUUCGAGUAGCUCGAAUUUCGGGUAGCUCGAAUUUCGAGUAGCUCGAAUUUCGGGUAGCUCGAAUUUCGAGUAGCUCGAA